GGCGCUCUCAAAAUAAAAGGACGGCGGAUUUCUUUCGAAACCCUUUGAUCGCGUGCUCCAGUUCUCAAUCGUCGCCAUCGUCGAUCUCCAUUUUUCCAGACGAAGGGUUCAAUACAUGGCGUCCAUGGACGAACCCCUCGAUUUCGAGAACGAAGAUCCGCUCUUGAGCAGCCCUUCACUCAACGCGAAAAGGAGAAAGGUCAUUGGCUUGGACGACCUCAUUAAUGAUUAUUAUAGAGAGCAAGAUAAACUGGCUAAGAAGAAGUCCAAAAAGGCUACUACUUUAAAAGGCGAUAAUUCAGAUGAAGAAGAUGAUAAAACCAAAAUGCUCUCUAAAGUUGUUAAUGACUGUCAAAAACAGGUUAACAAAAUGUGUACUGAUGAUGAUGUACCUUUAUGGGGCCAGAAAAUAUUUGGACAUCAGAAAUCCGCACUAUUAUCGGAGUUGAAAGAGCCUGUGAAUUGCGAACUUUUGCAAUCAUUUAAAAACAAUGAGCUCAAUUCAUUUUUCGAUCUGAAUACUGAUGGAGAAAGCUUUAUGAAUGGCUUGUUGAUGAAUGGAUGGCUCUCAAAAUUAGCCCUUGCACGUGGUUUUGUUGAAGAUUCUAUAGCAUCUUGGACAUUUCACACAUUGCUGUACUCUUCAAAUAAGGAAUUGCAGGUUGCUGCAUGUGACUUUUGGUGCAAAAUUCUCCUAUCAAUAGAUGAGAAUAUGCAGGCUGAUCGACCAUUAGUAAGAUUUGAAUGGUUUCCUACAUUUUCCAAAUUGAAGAAUGCCCUUGAAGCUUAUGGUUAUUUGUCAGACACACCUGAUUCAUCAGUUUCAACGACAGUCUCUACUGACCUCGGGUGCGAAGGACCACCUGAAAAUAUUUGGUCAUGGAUCAAUAUUGUUUCUGCUUGCUGCCGUUUUAGAAGUGUCGGAACUAUAUUCUCUGCAUCAGAAGCAGCUGACUUACUUGCUGUGAUUGUUCGUAUCUAUUUAGACCGCCAACUUCAAGGGUUGUCUGUUAUCCUGAAUGAAUGUAUGCAAUCAGUUAUUAGUUUCUUUAGUGACAGUGAAUGGGAUUUUGGCUGUAAGAAGGUUGCACAUUCUGUUGCUUGCAGAAUACCUAAGGAUCUCAACUGCUUACGGAUUGUAGAAUGCAUUUCCGGGGUAGGCAGUCGUAGUAAGAAUCUCAGGAGUCAGGUGGCACUCCAGACACUUAUACUUUGUUUUAAUGAAAAAGUGAGCGAUGGCAAAGAAAUACUUAAUCUUCUCACAGCUAUGAAUGUGAAGGACAAAAAUUGUGAUUUUGUCAAGCUGUAUAUUUACUUAGUUCUAGUCGAGAAUUGGCUUUUGUGUUAUCAUUCCAUAGAGGAGAGAGAUGCAGUUCUUGAUUUAUGGUGCAAGUAUCUACGAAACUGUUCUAGCCAAAUUACAAGUACAGACUGGAGAUCUUAUGCAUCAAAGGUCCGUAAUAAAGCUUCGUAUCUAUUGCAAAAUUCCACAGUGAAGGAAAUGUGAAUAGAAGGCGUCAGUUUUCUUUUUUCUUUGGAUAUCGCCAUGUAUAAACUAGGUCCUACUCCAAUAUGUACUUUUAGUAGCAGCUUGGUGAUAUCCUCCGUUGGGUCUUGAGCAAGCAAUACUACAGCCCAUGGCUUUCUUUAUGAGAUCUGCUCUCGUUAUUGUUCUUUUGGACUAUUAAUUAACAAAUAUUUAUUUGAUCCUAAAAAUUUGAGAUGAAAUCUUCAUUACUGUUGUGGCUGUUGAUUUUAGGACUACUAUAGAGCAAAUAGGGGUGAUUCUAUUGAUCCAUUCCAAUCAGGUAUAUCUAGUGGAACCAGAAGUUCAUGUUCACCCUUUGGCACGCAUCGUGUAUAAUUUCUUGCGGUGAAUGAAACUUAUGAGAUCAGUGUUGAUGUGAUAAUUGUUAAAUUUUUAUAUCAA